CUGAGUUUUUCCAGACUACAAGUUCCAGCGUGCAAGGUGAUGUUCGGGAGCGCGCACGCUUUGGGUGAAGGGACGGCGGUGUUUCCUCGGUUACCGGAGCCCAAACCCGGUGUCGGUCACAAAAACCGGCGGCCCGGGAAACAGAGGCAAGCAUCACGGGAACGGGAAUAGGAGAGAAGACGGCCCCGGAUUUCAUCUCCAAGACCCAGCUCGUCGAAGUUGCCUGAUCGACGGAAUUGUUUCACUUAUUUUAUUUAAAGGAUAUAACCGUUUGCAUUAUAUAUCUUAUGGCGGUUUCAUCAGAAAAGUGACGGGUUUCCAGAGGUGGUGAUACAUUUUACCAGCUGGUACACUUUCAUUUAUGCACCUCCAAAUGGCACUGUGCAAUGGCAUCACCCCAUGUGCUUGAUUAACUGGACACAAACUGACGGUUUUUCACCGAAAUUGGGGCAAGUUAUUUGACUUCACGUCUGGUUUCAAUGCAGCGAUGGGCUGCUUCUGCGCUGCACAGGAAGAAUUUUAUUGCGAAGUUUUGCUCUUGGACGAGACCAAACUCACAUUAACUACCCAACAACAAGGAAUCAAAAAGUCUACCAAGGGGUCUAUUGUCUUGGACUACGUAUUCAGACAUGCAAACCUUAUGGAGACUGACUACUUUGGUUUGCGUUAUUGUGACAGAAGUCAUCAAACGUACUGGCUGGAUCCCACAAAAACCCUUGCAGAACACAAGGACCUCAUAAACACUGGUCCACCCUACACUUUAUAUUUUGGUGUAAAGUUCUACGCAGAAGAUCCUUGUAAACUUAAAGAAGAAAUAACAAGAUACCAGUUUUUUCUGCAGGUCAAACAGGAUGUCCUUCAAGGUCGGCUGCCUUGCCCUUUAAACAUUGCGGCACAAUUGGGUGCAUAUGUUAUUCAGUCUGAACUUGGAGACUAUGAUCCUUAUAAACACACAGCGGGUUACGUAUCUGAAUAUCGUUUUGUUCCUGAUCAGAAGGAGGACCUUGAAGAAGCAAUAGAACAAUUUCAUAAAGCAUUAACGGGUCAAGUUCCUGCUGAGGCAGAACUCAAUUACUUGCAGGUUGCCAAAAUAUUAGAGAUGUAUGGAGUUGAUCUCCAUCCUGUUUUUGGAGAAAACCAGACAGAGUAUUUUUUAGGAUUAACACCAGUUGGGGUUGUUGUCUACAAGAACAAAAUCCAAGUUGGAAAGUAUUUCUGGCCAAGAAUCACCAAGGUGAACUUCAGAGAGACCCAGUUUGAGUUAAGAGUGCUAGGCAAAGAUUGCACUGAAACAUCAUACUUCUUUGAGGUACCCAACAAAGCAGCCUGUAAGCAUCUAUGGAGAUGCUGUGUGGAGUAUCAUACAUUUUUCAGAUUGCCUGAAACCGAUGAGUAUUCAAAUUCUAUGUCACGAAAACUUAGCAAACUGGGGUCCCUAGGGUACAGACAUCGAUACAGUGGUAAGACUGCAUUUCAACUAAACCGAGACCAAUCCAUUGAGCUUCCGCGGCCUGAUCAGAAUGUGCAAAGAACUCGCAGUAAAACAUACCCUAAAAGGAUGCUCCACUCUCAGCAGCCAGGACCGAACAGUGUCAGUCGCAGUCAUAUCAAAGCAGACCAUGUGGACUAUGAUGGCACCACCAAAAUUAUUGCACCUUCGCCAGUGAAAAGCUCCAAGAUAACCAAACGGGAAGGUAGUCCAGAUACACAAACCAAAACCAGUGCACCAUGGGAAGGAAAUGGUCCCCAAAGUGGAUUAUAUAUUUCUCCAAGUGAACGCAACAAAUCACCAAAAUUCCCUCAUCCUAAACGACGGACUCCUUCUGCUGGAAGUGAUAAUGAGUUGGGUCAGCCUGGGAGACAAUGGAAGAACCAAAACAAUGGAGAGGAUAUAGAUCCAAAGCAACAAAAGAGAAGGUCCCGAUCUCGUGGAAACACCAGUGGCAGUGGUAGUGAGUCUGAAAAUUCCAGUAGGGAGCGUAAAAGACGAAACAGAUCACGUCAAGAGAAUGAAAUGGUGGACUCAGCUCCUCAAUGGGAACAAGUGCUGAGGAGGCAAAAAGAACGAUCAUUGGCUGACCCCAAUAACAGACGUUCAAAGCAUAGAUCACGAUCGAGAAGCCCUGAUGUACAAGCAAAGGAAGAACUAUGGAAGCACAUUCAACGGGAACUGGUGGAUCCAAUUGGCUUAACAGAAGAAGAGCUGAAAGAGAUACCCUACACCAAAGUAGAGACUCAAGGUAACCCCAUACGCAUCAGGCAUUCACAUUCUCCUCGAAGCUUUCGACAAUACCGGCGCUCUCAAUGUUCUGAUGGUGAACGCUCUGUCCUUUCAGAAGUAAAUGCCAGGACUGAUCUUGUGCCGCCACUGCCUGUAACCCAUGCUUCAGAUGCACAGGACCGUCACGGAUCAUCUUCAACAUUAAAUCAAAAGAGAAAUAAAUCUGAAGGCAGUACCACAGAAGGAAAGACACAAACUUCAAGUGAUGACUGGGAUUCAAAAUACAGUGUGAAAACCUCUCGAACCAUGCAGACACCACGAAUCAAGACUGAGACCUGAUUACCUUUAAAUUAUCAACUGAAGAAAGCUUUGAGUAUGCAGUGACACUGGGAUGAUUCUACAUGUCACAUGUCACUAUAACAUGCCUUGAGAGAAAACUUGCUUUGAAAAUGUGCUAUUAUAAUGCAUCCUAUUUCUGGAGUUUAUGACCAUAAUUUUAUACUGAUCUCAAAUAAUGCUCUGGAUUUAUAUGUUCCAAAUUUUCUUUUAAUGCUUGAUUUUCUAUACUAGUCUGUCAAGUGCAGAUGCUGUUAAGUAACUGGACACUAAAUUAUAUUGAAAACAGACUUUUGGACCAAGUACCUCUUUUUUUUUUAAAUAUAUUUUCUAAAACAGGUAUGCAAGAUUUUUCUAUACUUUGGUAUGUAAUGAAAUAUUCAUAAAACACUGACCAUCAAUGCACAUGGACAAAUACAAACAUUUAAAGUUAUUUAAUACUGGAAUGUUUAACCACUGCACUUAAUGCUUUGUCAUUACAUUGCUCAGUUAUAUGAACAAGUAAAAAUUGUUUUUCCUCUUACAGAUGAAUGCAGUAUAUGUAUGUUUCAACUUAAAAGUAUUUUUUACCGUUUUGAGUUCCCAUGAAAAUUCCUUUUAGACACUUUACUUCCAUCCCUUAGUGUACUGUCCAUAAAUAAACUAUACCAUUUGCAUUAGAUGCUUCUUAAAUGAGCUAACCAUAAAUGGAUCACACUUUAUAUUUCAUCAAAAUAAAACUCUUAUUGAAAUGAAUAGAUAUUUUUAAAAAACAUCUCCUGGUGAUAGAAAAGUUUAGAACAAAUGAGCGCUAGAUGAUGUGAUCAUCAAUAAUUUAGUUUCUGAUAACACCCUGUUCAGAUUGCAACUAUUGCCUUUGACUUUGAUUUUGAUGUACUUAAUCUCCAUUUUACUAAACCAAUUUAUAUGCAUUGAAAUGUCAGUUACUUAACAUUGUACGUGUGUGAUCUGAAUUUGUUGCAUAUCCAUGAAAGCAUAUAGUGCACUCUUCUGUAAAUUUAUGUACAUAUUGGAUGCAAUUUCAGCACUGCUUGGAAGUGUAAAAUAUAUUUGGUAAAGGGUAAAGUGAAUAUAAGUCAAUGGAGCCUAUCGCCUGUGUUGUGGACAUUAGGCAUUGCAAUCAGCAAAUUAGUUUCUCCAUCUAGAUUGUUUUGGAUGGCAGUGAAUAUAGUUAAAUAUUUAAAGUAACCAUUGGCAGAAAUUAGAUCAUUUGUCAGAUAAAAUGUUUUUUGUCAGUGAAAACGAGUAAACACGUCUGGCCCUAGGCUGCAUUGUUAUUUCAGAACAAGGUGGGAGCCAUACUGUAAACAAAGCUUUUAUUUAAAAAUACUAUUACCUAUUGUUGGUUGUAACACUAUUUCCUUGAUAUUUCCACUUCUGGGGGAGAACAAAACUAGGGGCAAUAAAUUAAAGACAGUCAUUAGUAAAUCCAAUGGAGAAUUCAGGAGAAACAACUUAAGAGACUGUUUGAAAUGUGGAACUUGUUACCACAAGAAGUAGUUAAGGCAAAUAGCAUAGAUCCAUUUAAGAAAAAUUUAGAUAAAAACAUGCAGGAGAAAGGGUUAGAAGGUUGUGAGGAUAGGUUUAGAUGAAGAGGAGUGGGAGCAAUUUAUGGAGCAUAAAUACCAGCAGAGACCGUUUCAGAUGAACGGUCUAUUUCUGUGUUGUACAUCCUAUGAAAUUGAACUAAAACAAUGUGGGAAAUUAGCUUUGCAGGCCGAUUAUUGCAUAUAUAAUCCAGAUUUAAAUGAAAUGCACACAACAGUGUUAAUCCCUGUUACCUCAUAACAAGAACUGGUUUGCGGAAGUGACCACUUAGCACCUGCUGCUACUUGGAUCUAAAACUCACCACGCACACAACAUCAAGACCCAUUGAAACUAAAUACAAAGCAACUUUCUUUCCUUCAGGACCAUGAAGAGACAAGUACCUUAAUCAGAGAUGUCAGUAUUUUCCGUGCAUCACAAUUCUCAAUUGUGAUCACUUUCUGUUGCCAAUCCCAUUUUUGAUUCUGUUGAGCGUAUGUAACCUUAAUGAUUAACAGUACUUCAGAAACAUGAGAACUGUUUGUAAUUUUUGAGUUGUUGGCAUUAAAAUGGCUGUCACAAGGAAUAACCACACGCAAAGCAAUAAUAUGUUAGAUUAGUAAACUUUCAGAAAGUUAAAUUGCAAGUUAUGGUUAUUGCUGUAAUGUAUUUUGCAUGUUGUUAUGAGUUUGUUAUGAGUAGAGGGGAAAAUAAAUCAGAAAUUUGUAAAACU